AUGUUUGCUCUUAGGGUACUCUCCCGUUCGGCCCCUCGAACUAUUACCAAAUCCUUCAUUAGGCCCCUUCAAACUGCAUUUCCAAAGCCCACCUUGCUCCAACAAUCGUGGAAUCUUGCAUCUCGACCGGCUUAUGCCUCAUUUUCUACGACAAGACCACAAUUAGAAUCAGCUGGACAAGUUGACGCUGAACUCGCAGCUAAAUUUCAGGAUGAGCUUGCUUUAGAGACGGAAAGCAGUGACACAGAUAAACUUCCCGAGUCAUUGAAAUAUUUUCUAGAUAAUGGUCCAUUUGAGAUUCAAGAUACUCCGGGCGAAGAAGAGGUCAUCAUGACCCGUAAAUUUGGUGACGAGAAAGUUCGUAUUUCCUUCUCAAUUGCCGAUCUCCAAAAUCUCGGCGCCUCCGAAAGCGAUUACGACAAUGCACUUCCCGACGAAUUCGAAGGAAGCGACUCCCAAGCCCGUGGUAUGAAUGGUGGGGCGAGUUCUGAGAAUGCCAAAGCGGCCUCUGGUGACAAGGGCACCCUUUCUGACAAUGACAACGAGUUGGAGGAGACAUCUGAGCCUGGGUACCCCGUUCACGUCAAUGUCACCGUUGAAAAGCCUGGAAAGGGCUGUAUGUAUGCUGAAUGUCUUGUUGAAGAUGGUGUCGCCCAAAUAAUGGAGGUUCAGUACUUUGAAAAGGCAGACAUCGCUGCUGCUCAAUCAGCAGAGACGCAAUGGGCAAGAGGGAGUAUUUAUGCCGGCCCACCCUUUGGAAACCUAGAUGAGGAUUUGCAAGUGCUUUUGGAGCGGUAUUUGGAGGAAAGAGGGAUUGAUACCGCUCUUGCUGCCUUUGUACCUGAUUACAUUGACUUUAAAGAGCAAAAAGAAUAUGUUCGUUGGCUUGGGAGCUUGAAAAAGUUCGUUGAAGUGUAA